GAUGAGGUUUCUGCUGAGUUUUGGCUUGGUUUGUGCUGAGUUUUCUCCAAAGCGCAGAAUUAAGAGGAAAGUCAUACUGGAAAGUCAUACUGGACUACACCAGGCAAAAGACCACCGCACAAACUAGGUACCAAGUCUACUGAACCAGCCAGUUUUGCCUGCGUCAGGGGUGUGGGGCUGAGUCCCACACCCCUAAUAAAGAUGACCAAUAGGAUUAGCACUAGGAAGGUGUGGGGCUCAGUGGGGCUCAGUGGGUGAUGGCUGGGUGACGGCUCAUCAGUCGUGGGCUCAGUGGGACUCACUCACUCUAUCCUCCCGACGGUACGGCGGCGGCAGCAGCGGGGGCGCGUGCGCGCAUCUUGGUAGCCGAGGGGGCGGGAAAGGCCACGUGGAGGAGGAGAGCGCAGCGCCGCCCAAGAAGCGGCGCAAGCGCACAGGCUGAGGAGCCGGCUGGCGGUGUCUAGGUAGCGGUCCGCGGUGGGGCUGGCAGGGCAUGCGUAGCGGCAUGACAAGCAGUGCGGCUGUUGAGAACUGUGCUGCGUCUGGCUGCGGUUGGCUCUGCUGUGGCAUCGCAAUCACUAGGCACCUGGUUUGGCUACGUGCCUGUGGAAACCGACCCCGGCUAUGUCCGGGCGAUGAGGUUGUUCGGCCUCAGAGAGUGGAGGGGCUCAGCCCCUUUUCCCGUGACCGGGGAACACUUUUCUCCACCAAGUAAAGGUCGGCUGUGGCAGCAGGCGCGGCUAAAGGAGAAGCCUGUGCUCAUGCGCUGGCAGGCAGGGAUUCCCAGCGCGCGGGUUGGAUCGGCAGCUGAGCAUGAGCUGCGCAUACGCUACCUCUACUCCGGAGGUGGCGUGGACGCGGCGGCGGCUACCGGGUCUGCCGCGGCUGCGGCUGCCGGGUCGGCGGCUGCGGCUGCCGGGUCCGCGGCUGCGGAUAUACAUCAGUGCGGGCUGUGGCAUCUGCUACGCCACUACCGUCAGUGGGGCCAGCGGCGUUGGCGCCAGACUGUCCAUGUGCGGACACAGAAGGUGCUGGAGCACACUGCCCAGCAGCUGGCUGGCAAUAGGCCCAAGGGGGCGGUGAUUGUUGGAUGGGGCAACGCCAACACUGGCCACGGCGGAAGCAUCAGCAGGCCGGGGCGGGGCCCAAACCGGGCGCUGCUGCUCUUGCUGGUGGACAAGUACGCGCACCUGGUGGUGUACGUGGAUGAGUACUACACCUCACAGGUGUGUGCAGGGCGGCGCUUGCUCGACAACGGGCAGCGCUGCCUGCAGGAGAUCGUUCCAUGCGGGGGCUCCCGUGCUCAUCACCAAGUCCAAGUGUGCAACCACUGCGGGACUGUGUGGGGGCGGGACGUCAACUCUGCAACCAACAUCCGGCACGCGCUGGUGGAGAUGCUGCUUGGGAACGUGCGGCCUGCGCCGCUACAGCCUGGCGGCGGCGGUGGCGGCGGUGGCGGCGGCGGCGGCCCAGCGGCGGCCCAGCAGCGACACAGCGACAGCGGCGCGUGUGCGCAUGUUGGUAGCGGAGGGGGCGGGAAAGGCCACGUGGAGGAGGAGAGCGCAGCGUCGCCCAAAAAGCGGCGCAAGCGCGCAGGCUGAGGGGCCGGCCGGUGUCUAGCUAGGUAGCGGUCCGCAGUGGGGCGAUCAGGGCAUGCGUGGCAGGAGGCAGCAGCAGCAGCAGCAGCAGCAUGACAAGUAGUGCGGCUGUUCAGCUGUUGACAACUGUGUGGUGUCCUGGCUGGCUCUGCGGUGGCGGUGUCGCUGCUGAGCACCUGGUUUGGCUAUGUGCCUGUACAGACCGACCCCGGCUAUGUCCGGGUGAUGAGGACGUUCGGCCUCAGAGAGUGGAGGGGCUCAGCCCCUUUUCCCGAGACUGGGAAACACUUGUCCCCAAGUUUCGACUGAGUUUCUGUUGAGUUUCU